CUCACUACCAAUAAUCCAUACACACAGUAAUCAAAAGGAGAGAAAGCAAUCAUGAAAACCCAAAAUUUAUCGAUAUGUGUCUUUGUUUUGUUGACAAUUUGUCUCGUUCAUGGGAAUAAGGUCGCAUCACACUCUCUUCCACAUCCACACCCUCAUCCAUCCUUUUGUGAGUUUGAUACAAUUAAAAUAAGAGGAUUUCCAGGGACGUUUCAAAGGAAUUGUAAUCCUUUCCGCAGUGUAUGCGACGAGGCAUGUCGACGUAAGUUUGGAGAUUCUGUUUUUGGACGGCUUCCGGGUGAGUAUGGUGUUGGAAUAGUUUGCUCGUGUUUCACGGCUUGUCUUGUCAAUUGAGAGGGUGGGGGACUCUGAUGAGUACAAUAAGUCAAGCAAAGCUCAGAUGGUGUCUCAAUCGGGAGUUGAUUAAUUGAUAAUUUUGUUAGUAUCAUUAGACUAAUAACAGUAUACUUAUGAGUAUUUAGAGGUAUAAGGGAAUUGUAUCAUAUACUCUAUAUAAAC